UUCGCCGCAGUCGACAAUAUAUAGGUAGACGUUAAUAUUUUUACGUCAUGUGAAUUCUAGAUAAAGAUUUUUGUGCGACAAAAAAAAUGUGUCAUCUGUACAUCUGUUUAUGAUACAUAAUAUUAUACUAUUGGAGUUUGAUAUUCCUAUACAACUCAACGAAUUUUAUUGUUAUAAUUCGCGAGAGAUGGAACUAUCACCGCUGCAGCUGUUGUCGUUAAUUGCAGCAUCGUUGUGGUGUCACCCCGUCGUGUUGAUGUCAGCCCGACGGAAUCUCACUAGAAAUAUAUAUGGCCACGGGAGCCAAAGGACCGACAGCGGAGCAGUGGAUUCGAGAUGUCAACCUUGCACGUGCGGUGUUGGAUAUCCCGGGACGAGGAUCGUGGGUGGCAGCGAAGUCAGUGAGAACGAAUAUCCUUGGAUGACGUCGCUGUGGAACGCCAAGAGGAAGUUCUUUUGCGGCGGUUCGAUCGUUACUGAUCAGUACGUGCUCACAGCUGCUCACUGUUUUAGCGAGGUACCGGUUACCAAUUAUCGAGAGGUACACGUUGUGCUCGGGCAGACCAGAAGGCCCGGAAGGCUGUAUCCGGUUGGACAGCACGUCAUCCGGGCUGCAGUAGUGAAGAUACACCACAAGUAUGACCGACAAGGGAAGAAUGUGCAUGACAACGACAUAGCACUGGUCAAGAUGGUUAGACCCGUGAAAUUUGAACGCACCACCCAGCCUAUUUGUUUGCCUAUGAUUAGGUACGACUACGGUGGGUUGACCGCGGCUGUGGCCGGAUGGGGACAGUUGAGCGAGUACAGUGGCACGUCCCUGAUUCUCAGGCAUGCCACGCUUCCCGUGUGGACCGAAAAGGAAUGUGCGGCCGUUCCCGAGAUCGAGAAAACGGGAUACACUCCCAAUAUGAUGUGCGCCGGGCUCCGGGAAGGAGGAGUGGAUUCGUGUCAGGGCGACAGCGGUGGACCUCUGAUGCUUCAUGAUAAUAGUGAAAAAAUAACAGUGGCAGGAAUCGUUUCGUGGGGCAUUGGGUGUGGAGCUCCAAAACUCCCUGGAGUGUACACAAGGGUCGACAAAUAUCUAGGAUGGAUAAUGAGAAACACAAAGGACAGUUGCCACUGUAAUAACUGAGCCCAAAUUCCAUGACCGUUGUACACUACUGUUAACCAUGACAUUUUUCAAUCAACAACCACUCAACAUCACAACAUUGAGAGUCUACGUCUAAUUUUGUUUUUGCAAUAUAAAUYAYUUAAGAUAAU